CAAUAUUUACCUUUGAACUAGACCUCUCUGUAGGCAUAUGAAUCCUCAAAAAUUGAUUGUAUAUAGUAGCUCAAGUUAUUACUCCUCAAGACAUAAGUCAUCUUAUUUUUAUACUGAGACAUCAGCAUCAUGAAAGCAGCCAGAUAUUCUUAGAGCUGGUCUUCUCAGCUAAAUCAUUAAUAUGAGCCAAUUUCUCUACACCUAGACUCUUCAUGGACCUCUCUUGAUCCAUCCCCAAGAAGA